CUCUCUCUCUCUCUCUCUCUCUCUCUCUCAGUCCCUUUCUCAGUCUGUACCUCUCCCUCCCUCCCUCACUAGCCCAUGGCAGAGGAUAUGGAUUCUGAUACAUGCGUCGGCUUCAAACGAACAAUAAAAGAGAUCCAAGAAACCCCAACUCUCACACAACGCUCUAACUCUCCAUCUGCUCCCAUUCCAGAACAAGAUAGCCACUCGUCUGAGAUCGUUUCUCCGCUGAAACAAGACUCAGAUUUCACCGACAAGAGUCCUCCUUGUUCGGUCUCCGAUUCCUCUAAGAAGGUCAAGCUUUCACCUCACGGCCAAGUCUCUGAGACCCAUCUUGAAGAAAUUCAAGAAAUGCCCAAUUAUGUGAGUGGAAAGGCCGAAGCUUGCGGUUUAAUUUCUGGCUUAACUGUAUCUGAUGGAGUUGCUCAAAAUUUUAUGGAAAUUUGUGAAAUGGGUCUUGUUUCUGAUAGCGAAUUUGUGAAAACUGAGACUGAACAGACCCCGGAUGAUGAGAAAGAAAGGGUUGUUUCGGAUUUGGUUGACAAGAAAGGUGAAGGUUCUGUGAUAAGUGAAGUGGGUUUUGCUGAUAUCGAAAAGUUCAUGCAAGAGACGAAGUCUGUUACUGAAUUGGACUGCAAGGAAGGUGUGGAUGCUUCUCUGUCUACUUCUGUUGAAAACAAAGUGGUUUUUGUUGGAAAAGAAGCGGAAUCUCAGAGUUCCUUGGAACUGAAAAAGAAGCAAUUACUGGAGGAAGUUGAAGCCAUUCUUGUGCCUGCAGAAAAGACCCUUGUGCAAAGUGGUACUGAUGGGUCUCUCAGUUCUUUCAAUAUUGAAGUAAUUGAUGAUACUGCAAUGAUAUCAUUGAUUGGCAAUGGCUGUGGAAAGGAGUUGGGUUUUCUGGGUCCUGCUAAAUGUGUUGCACAGGGGAAUGGAAACAAGAAUGCAAAAAAAGAAAUGAAUGGGAAAAAAAAGGCAAGAACCUCAGGAAGAAAGGAAAAAGUGGCUAAUCAUCUGGUUGAAGCUCAUAGCGUGAGUUUAAAGAAAGGAAAAGGAACCAAGAUCUUUUACUCGAGGAUGGAGUUGGAGGCCAUGAGGUAUGUAAACGUGGUUGAACAAAAGAAACUGUGGAAAGAUAUAUACCGUGGACUUGGGCCAGUCGUGGCCAAGGAGUAUGAAAAUCUGGCAAGUGUUAAGCAUCAGAAGAACAUCCGCAAUAACUUUGAACCUCACAAACUCUUUGAGAAGAUGGAAGUGCCACCUGGUACUCUUGGGGAAGCAUUUUCAGAAAAUGUGGAUAUUGAAUUCGAAAACUUGGUGAAUAAUCAAACCCAAGAUGCAAGUUCCCUGGACCCUUUUAGCAGUUACAGUGCCACUGAUGAAAAUGGCUACCCAUUUCCAGAAAAAGAGUGUAGUGAAGAUGAUGACAGUGAUGAAGAUUAUGCUAGCAUUCAGAGACCUGCUUUUGUGGUUGAAGGAGAACCCAACUUUGAUUCUGGUUCACCAGAAGAUGGACUUGAAUAUCUUAGGCGUGUCAGGUGGGAAGCUGCUCGAAUUCCAAAAGUGAGAGUAGCCAAGCUUGAUAGAAGUAAAUUUAACAUAGAGCAGAGUGAUUAUAUGCCCAAGAUUCCUGAGAUUGCCAAGUGUCCAGAACAAUUGCUGCCACUGAAACAGUGGGAGGAUGCAUUUCUUGCUGAAUUUUCAGAGCUAAGGCUGGCUGUGUCUCGUUUUGAGGGUUAUAAUGCAAGCACGUCUCUAGAUCCCCAAUCAAAAAAUCUUCUUCAUGACUCCCAUCAGCUACCUGGGAGUAUUGUUUUUGAAAAAUUUGCUAGUGCUAAAUCCAAGGAAAUUGACAUCCACUGGCCUCAUGACUGUCUCGGGAGCUCCAUUGAUCAGCUUUCCUUGUCGACUACUGAAGGCAGUAAUGCCUCUCUGCCUGCUGAGAACUUCAGUCCUAAGUCUCAUGUGAGCCAAAGUUCCAGCGACUCCCCUUUGUUGUCAGUGAUCUUACGAAUGGACUCUGUAGCUCGAGUGUCGAUGUUGAGAAAACGCAUAAACGCCAUAGAGGCCAUGAGCACUCUGUCCAGGAAUGACUGUGUCUGGCUAUUUUCUCUGUGUGCGGUAGUUGAUACUCCACUAGAUGCUGAUACUAGUGCUUCCCUUAGAAGUCUGCUAAGAAGGUGCGCUGCCUUGCGAGCUGCAAAGUAUGUACUCGACGACGAGGUAGUAAUGUUGAAUAUUCUUGCUACAAUUUCAGGUAGAUAUUUUGGGCAGUCAGAAAACUGAAGCUUUCUAAUAUAUUACAUCUCUUCUUGAAGAAAGGCUCAGGUAUCAUUUUGUUUCGGGUACGACUUAUGUCUUAUCUAUACAAAUCGAGUGUCAAAAUACUUAAACUUGUAUCGGCAUUGCCGUAAUUUUGAACGUACCAUGAUGGUAGUGCUCUAUUUUCUGUUGUGUGCCUGGAAUCACUUUAAAGGAGUGACACCCCAGUAUUUUCCAGUGGUUUACCGGAGCUGAUUGAACUAGAUUGGUUCUGGUUGUGAAUAUUUGACACUGGGUUCUGGUUUUCAGUGGGUUAUUUAACGAGUUUUAACACUUCAAAUGGGUGCUUGUAAUUCUGCAUGCAUGAGAGAGUACUUAAUGGGCACGGGUCGUCAUGCGGAUGAAUCCCGACUAUCCAGUUCUCUUUUUGUCAGUUGUCCCGAGUAUCCAGUUUAUUGUAACAAUGUCUUUUUAUUAUUA